AGUUCUUACUUCAUGCACCACACUAUAAUCUCACACCCAAAAAAAAAAGAUUGCUAAUAUAUUAUUGUGAUCAUCACAAGUAGUACAUUGAUUAACAAAUCUCUUUUUCACCAUGAAGAUAAAGAUAAGUAGCAAAACACAUGUGCAACCAAACAAGCCAAUACUAGGGAAGAAACAAUUCCAGCUCACCACAUUUGAUCUUCCUUAUCUAGCUUUCUACUACAACCAGAAGUUUCUGCUCUACAAGUUCGAGAACCUUCUAGAUCUCGAGGAACCCACUUUCCAAAACAAUGUCGUGGAGAAACUCAAGGAUAGUUUGGGUUCGGUUCUUGAAGACUUCUAUCAGCUUGCCGGUAAGCUGGCCAAGGACGAGGACGGGGUCUUCCGAGUUGAGUACGACGCUGACGAAGAAGAGAUCAACGGCGUGGAGUUCUCGAUUGCUGAUGCUGUUGACGUCAGCGUCGAUGAUCUCACGGCUGAGGACGGGACAGCUCAGUUCAAGGAGUUGGUUCCGUACAACGGAAUCUUGAACUUGGAAGGACUUCGCAGGCCUCUUCUUGCUGUCCAGGUGACCAAGCUUAAAGAUGGGCUUGCAAUGGGCCUAGCUUUCAACCACGCGGUCCUCGACGGAACUGCCACAUGGCACUUCAUGAGCUCAUGGGCCGAGAUCUGCCGUGGAGCCCAAACCAUCUCGACCCAACCUUUCCUCGACCGAGCAAAGGCACGUGACACGCGCGUGAAGCUCGACCUCGCUUCCCCGAAGGACCCCAACGCGUCCUCCAACGGCGACGCCGCGGCGGAACCGCCGCAGCUUGUAGAGAAAGUCUUCAAGUUCUCAGACUCCGCCAUCCACACGAUCAAGUCAAGAGCCAACUCCGUCGUCCCAUCCGACGGCUCAAAGCCCUUCUCCACUUUCCAGUCCCUGACAUCCCACAUAUGGCGCCACGUCACCCUCGCGCGUGGGCUCAAACCGGAAGACAUAACCGUCUUCACCGUCUUCGCCGACUGCCGCCGCCGCGUUGACCCGCCGAUGCCGGAGGAGUACUUCGGGAACAUGAUCCAGGCCAUCUUCACGGGGACGGCGGCGGGGCUGCUGGCGGCGCACGGGCCGGAGUUCGGAGCUGCGGUGGUGCAGAAAGCGAUAGUUGCUCACGACGCGCGUGUGAUAGACGCGCGGAACGAGGAGUGGGAGAAGGCGCCGAAGAUAUUUCAGUUUAAGGACGCGGGAGUGAACUGCGUGGCGGUUGGGAGCUCUCCGAGGUUUAAGGUCUACGAAGUGGACUUCGGGUGGGGUAAACCGGAAACGGUUAGGAGCGGUUCGAAUAACCGGUUUAAUGGGAUGAUGUAUUUGUACCCCGGGAAAGCUGGAGGUGUGAGCAUCGAUGUGGAGAUUACUCUCGAAGCACGUGUCAUGGAGAAGCUAGAGAAGAGCAAAGAGUUUUUACUCAUCGAUGUGGAAGAAGAUGGAAACAAGAUCACCAAUGGCAAUGGUCAUGGUCAUGGUCAUGGUCAUGGUCAUGGUCAUGCUAAUGGUAACGGGUUUGCUUGAGCCAGUUUCGUUAGUGUUUAUCGUAAUAAUAAUUGCUUUUUUGUUGAUAAUAAAUCAGCAAAAUGCUGACGUGGAAUUUAUGUAUUUGAUUAUGUUUUUCGUGUGUUGUGUUUGAACCUUGGAGUGUUUCGGACAUGUGCUGAAGUUGCUUUUUGCUGUUUAAAAUUAAGAUUCACUUGUGAGUGGGAGAA